UCAUCAUUGUCAGGAAAAACUUCCUAAAUGCUUCCAGUCCACUGCCAGUGAAGAAGAAAUGGAGACUGAUGUCUCAGGCUGAUGAAGCUCACUCAAACCGAUUCAUAAGGUUUGUCUAUCUAAUCACCUAUUGUGUCCUACACAAUUCCUUCGCAUCUGUUCAAUGAAAUCAGAAUCAUCCGUCGCUGCCGACAGCUCCGCCACCAACUCCGCGCCGUCACAAUCGCUGCAAUCUCAACCGUUGAAAGUCUCGAUUUUGGCUGACCUCAAUGCUGAACCCCCCGAGGCCGACAACCAUGACUGCCUUCCCACAGCCCUCUCUACUCUACCGCCCGACACAACACCGAGGUCCCCUUUGUUCUUAUUUACUAUGAUAGUCACUGAUGAUAGGAGUCAGCAUAAGACGAGCAAUUAUGUUGAAGGAAUGGAUGUAGAAGGUAAGCAAAAAAAGUUUGGGAAAUGUCGGUCACGAAAUGGUAAGGCGGACAGCCCUCUUGAUUGUAAUGGAGCGGAUCCAGAUGCUGAGCAGAACAGUCAAGGAACUUCAUCACGUGAAGAAAAAGUUAGCAGCCUUAAAAAUGGAUUGAUACAUGUUGUGCGGAAAAUGCCUAAGAAUGCUCAUGCUCAUUUUAUACUUGGCUUAAUGUAUCAAAGGAUGGGUCAGCCUCAAAAGGCAUGUUCAGAAUACGAGAAAGCAGCAGAUAUUUUAGUUCGACCUGAAGAAGUAGUAGACAGGCUGGAGUUACUUUGUUUGAUCCAUACACAUCAUGCAGAGUGUAUCUUGCUAGGAGCAUUAGAUGACUGCAGUUCAGGCAAGGAACUAGAUCCUGUAGAACUGGAGGAGAUUUUUUGUAAACUGAAAGUCUCAAUGCAAGCUGAUGUUAGACAGGGAUCAAUUUGGAACAUUCUUGGCUUAAAACUUUUACGAACUGGUCGUUUGCAGAGUGCUAUAGCGGUUCUCUCCAAUGUAUUAGCAAUGGCGCCUAACAACUUGGAUUGCCUUGGAAACCUUGGACUCGCUUACCUUCAAAGUGGGGAUUUAGACCUUUCCGAGAAGUGCUUCCAAGAUUUAGUAAUGAAAGAUCCAAACCAUCCUGGUGCUUUGGUUAACUUUGCUGCCCUUAUGCUGUGUAAAUAUGGUUCAGUUGUUGCAGGUGCUGGAGCAAAUGCCAAUAGUGUGGCUCUCUCUGACCAAAUUGCAGCAGUCAAUGUUGCCAAGGAGUGUUUGCUAGCAGCUAUUAAUACAGAUCCCAGAGCAGCUCAUAUAUGGACAAAUCUUGCUAAUGCAUUUUAUUUGACCAAUGAUCACAGAAGUUCAGACAGAUGUUUGGAGAAGGCAGGAAUACUGGAACCUAAUUGUUUAGCAACACGAUUUGCCAUUGGAGUUCACCGAAUCAGGGAUGCUGAGAGGUCUCAAAAUCCUAAUGACCAAUUAUCUUGGGCUGGAAAUGAAAUGGCUUCAAUAAUUAGAGAAGGCGAUUCUAGCCUGACAGAGUCUCCAGUUGCAUGGGCUGGUCUUGCAAUGGUUCAUAAAGCCCAACAUGAAAUUGCAGCCGGGUUUGAAAUUGAUCAUAAUGAAUUGUCAGAAGUGAAAGAACGUGCCAUUUAUAGUUUAAAGCAGGCAGUUGCAGAAGAUCCUGAAGAUGCCAUUCAUUGGCACCAACUAGGCCUUCAUUUUCUCUGUACCCAACAGUUUAAAAUGUCACAGAAGUACCUCAAGACUGCGGCUGCAUGUCUUAGGAGCUGCUACGCCUGGUCAAAUCUUGGUAUCUCAUUGCAACUAUCAGCUGAGCCUUCAUGUGCUGAAGAUGUAUAUAAACAAGCUUUGUUAGUGGCAACCCCUCAACAAGCUCAUACAAUAUUUUCCAACCUGGGUAAUCUCUAUCGCCAGCUAAGAGAUUUUGAGUCUGCCAAGGCAAUGAUAACAAAGUCUCUUGAACUGCAACCCGGUUAUGCACCUGCGUAUAACAACUUAGGUCUCGUUUUUGUUGCUGAGGGCAAGUGGGAGGAUGCAAAGUUCUGCUUCGACCAGGCAAUCCUGCAUGAUCCACUACUGGAUUCAGCCAAGUCCAACAUGAUUAAAGCCAUGAACAUGCAGAGGAUGUACACCAGCAUGUCCUCGUAUCUAUGAUUUGUAAAGUGUGUUAGACUAAAAAAGUAAUGUGUGGUGUGUUGUACGUAAUAGUUAUAUGUAUGGAAUGCAAGUAUGAAAUCGAAAACUCUAACCUAAUAUGGUAUCCAUUUAUCACAAAUAGGCGUCAGGUGAAGGACAUUGGUUUCUUGCACAUAGACCGGUUCCUGUGCCAGGACUGGGCGAGUAAAAUGCAUGAAUGCGAA